GACAGUCGGUUAUUGUGUUUUUAAACGUGAAGUGAACAGUGUGCAGCAGCAAGAAAUAAAAUUGACGAUGGCUCGUACCAAGCAAACCGCUCGCAAGUCUACUGGUGGCAAAGCGCCACGCAAACAACUGGCUACCAAGGCUGCUCGCAAGAGCGCCCCAGCUACCGGAGGCGUGAAGAAGCCUCAUCGCUAUCGCCCCGGAACCGUGGCCCUGCGUGAGAUCCGUCGCUACCAGAAGAGUACCGAGCUGCUGAUCCGCAAACUGCCUUUCCAGCGCCUCGUUCGUGAAAUUGCUCAGGAUUUCAAGACUGACUUGCGAUUCCAGAGCUCGGCUGUGAUGGCUCUGCAAGAAGCUAGCGAAGCCUAUCUGGUGGGCCUCUUUGAAGAUACCAACUUGUGUGCCAUUCAUGCCAAGCGUGUCACCAUCAUGCCGAAGGACAUCCAGUUGGCCCGGCGAAUUCGUGGAGAGCGCGCUUUGAAAGAAAUGUCUGAUUCUGCUGCUGCAACGUCCGCUUCUCCGGUGGCUGCCCCACCAGCGCCAGUUGAAAAGAAGGUGUCCACCAAAAAAUCAUCUGGAUCCGCUACUACAAAGGCCAAGAAGGCUGCUGCACCGCCAUCGCAUCCGCCAACUCAACAAAUGGUGGACGCUUCCAUCAAGAAUUUAAAAGAACGUGGCGGCUCAUCACUUCUGGCCAUUAAGAAAUAUAUCACUGCCACCUACAAAUGUGAUGCACAGAAGCUGGCUCCAUUCAUCAAGAAGUACUUGAAAUCAGCCGUGGUCAAUGGAAAGCUGAUUCAAACAAAGGGAAAGGGAGCAUCCGGGUCAUUCAAACUGUCAGCCUCGGCCAAAAAGGAUCCCAAGCCGAAGGUUGCGUCUGCUGAAAAGAAAGUGAAAAGCAAAAAGAUAGCUACAAAGAAAACUGGAGCCACCGCCAAGAAAGCUACCGCCGGAGGUGCUGAGAAGAAGCCCAAACCUAAGAAGUCGGUGGCCACCAAAAAGACUGCCGAAAAGAAGAAAACCGAAAAGGCAAAGGCCAAGGAUGCCAAGAAAACUGGAGCUGUUAAGGCAAAGCCAGCGACAACAGCAACAAAGGCCAAAUCGACCGCAGCGAAGCCGAAGGCGUUCCCAGUGGGCCGUAUUCACCGUCUGCUCCGAAAGGGCAACUAUGCCGAGCGUGUUGGUGCCGGCGCUCCAGUUUACCUGGCUGCCGUGAUGGAAUAUCUCGCCGCUGAGGUUCUCGAGUUGGCUGGCAAUGCUGCCCGUGACAACAAGAAGACUAGGAUUAUUCCGCGUCAUCUGCAGCUUGCCAUUCGCAACGACGAGGAGUUGAACAAGCUGCUCUCUGGCGUUACCAUUGCCCAGGGUGGUGUAGCCGAAUCGACAGUCGGUUAUUGUGUUUUUAAACGUGAAGUGAACAGUGUGCAGCAGCAAGAAAUAAAAUUGACGAUGGCUCGUACCAAGCAAACCGCUCGCAAGUCUACUGGUGGCAAAGCGCCACGCAAACAACUGGCUACCAAGGCUGCUCGCAAGAGCGCCCCAGCUACCGGAGGCGUGAAGAAGCCUCAUCGCUAUCGCCCCGGAACCGUGGCCCUGCGUGAGAUCCGUCGCUACCAGAAGAGUACCGAGCUGCUGAUCCGCAAACUGCCUUUCCAGCGCCUCGUUCGUGAAAUUGCUCAGGAUUUCAAGACUGACUUGCGAUUCCAGAGCUCGGCUGUGAUGGCUCUGCAAGAAGCUAGCGAAGCCUAUCUGGUGGGCCUCUUUGAAGAUACCAACUUGUGUGCCAUUCAUGCCAAGCGUGUCACCAUCAUGCCCAAGGACAUCCAGUUGGCCCGGCGAAUUCGUGGAGAGCGCGCUUAAGCUAUGACUGCUUAAACUUACGGCCAAUGCGCCAUCUUUUGUAAAAAUCGGUCCUUUUCA